AUGUCCGUGAAUUACGAACAGGUCACCGUAGCACCACUAGUGUUGCUUUCGGUAUUGGACCACUACAAACGUAUCAACACACCUGCUCACAAGAGAUGCGUUGGUGUGAUACUGGGCUCUGCUCAGGGAACCAGUUUAAGAGUCACGAACUCGUUUGCGCUACCCUUUGAAGAAGACGAAAAGAACUCAGACGUGUGGUUUUUGGAUCACAACUACAUCGAAAGCAUGAAUGAAAUGUGCAAGAAGAUCAAUGCCAAAGAAAAAUUGGUCGGAUGGUAUCACAGCGGGCCUAAAUUGAAGGCUGCAGAUCUUAAGAUAAACGAGGUGUUCAAAAAAUACACAGGGGAACGCCAACAGCAACCGCUGUUGCUCAUUGUGGAUGUCCAACAGCAGGGCGUAGGCCUGCCCACAACGGCUUACAUGGCUGUAGAACAGGUCAAGGACGAUGGUACUUCGACCGAAAAGACGUUUUUGCAUUUGCCUUCGUCGAUAGAGGCUGAAGAAGCAGAGGAAAUUGGUGUAGAACAUUUAUUGCGUGACGUGCGCGAUCAGGCCGCUGGCGGGCUUUCUAUCAAGCUCACAAACCAGCUCAAGUCUCUCAAGGGUCUACAACAAAAACUAGCAGACAUUGCCGCAUAUUUGGACAGGGUAAGCCGUAAAGAGCUUCCGGUAAAUCACACGAUUCUAGGUAAGCUUCAGGACGUUUUCAAUCUUCUGCCUAACCUGGGAGCCCCUGACGAUGACGAGCUUGCGCUGUCGUCUGAUGAGCAGCUUGCAGCUGCUUCCAAUACUUUACAAAGAGCUUUGGCAGUCAAGACCAAUGAUGAGCUAAUGGUCAUCUACGUCAGCAACUUGGUGCGCGCUAUCAUUGCUUUCGACAAUCUGAUCGAAAACAAAAUCAGAAAUACCAACCUGAAACGCCAGCAUGAACAAACUGAGUCUGAGAGUACAAAUUCAGAAAAGGAUACCGAAAAGGAGACCGCUUCUUCCCAAGCCCAAGCUGGUGACAGCGAAAAUCGCUGA